AUGGCUUACUUGCCAUACAUCUGUGCGAUCGUCAAAGAGAUUCUUCGUUGGCGACCCGCGGUACCUCUUGGGCUCACACAUGUUAGUAACGAAGACGACGUCUAUGAGGGUUACUUCCUUCCCAAGGGCAUAUCGGUCAUCGCCAAUGUAUGGGAAUUGAAUCAUGACCCCGAAACGUAUGGCCCCGACAGCUACGAGUUCAACCCUGCCCGUUAUCUCGACGAGAAAGAUCAGCUGAUCUCAGGUCCCCCUGGUACGAAGGAUGACGGUCACUUCUCUUUUGGCUUUGGUCGACGCGUCUGCAUUGGUAAGCACGUCGCGACCAACAGCCUGUUCAUCCAGAUCGCGAUGUCUCUCUGGGCUUCCACCUUGACCAAUGUCAAGGAUCAGGCUAUCGACGUUGACGCCUUUCUUGACGAAGGCCUCAUCAUGCGCCCCAUGCCCUUCCAGGUCUACAUCCAGCCUCGCUUCUCCGAAGCGACUGUGUUGCUUGCUCAAGAGUGCGAGCUUCGCGGUCGUUGA